AUGCCGGCGAGAUCCUCCACGUUGGCGCUCGACCGGACGAUGGCGGUUUUGUUGGGGAAUGUUUGGGAGAGGGCGAGGAGGGUUUGUUCGGGUGGGGUGAGGGAGGAGACGAGGCGUUGGAGCUCAGUGCAUAGGGAGUCGAGUUGGUCGGCUUCGGCGGUUUCGAUGAGUCGGAUUAGGGAGGCGUGGGUUUCGGUGGAGCCGCUGAGGUGGAGGGCGGCUUCCAUGGAGCCGAACGGGAGGACAAUGCCGGUAGGGACUUUGAAUGAGGCCGGGACUCCUUUUGAAGAUGGAGUUAAGCUGACACCUGUCGUCGAUGCUUGCAAUCUGGGGAACAUUUUCGAGGAAAAGUUAUGA